GUUUUGUAAAAGCAAGAGACAAAGAGAGAGAGGAAGAGGAAGGUGGAAAAGCCCUAGUGUGUGUUCUGCUGAGAGUCCGAUACACAUCUAGGAAACGCUAUCUAUGGCUUUUUACGGAGGCGCGAAACGCGUUUGUGUAUCCAUAAGGCACUAUUGUUCGAAUUCAGCGUCAGAGAAGGUGAAUCUGAUAAAGCAGCUGAGAGAGAGAACAAGCGCAGCUAUGAAGGACGUGAAAGCGGCUCUGGUGGAUUCGAAUUGGGACAUAGAGGAAGCUCAGAAGGAACUGAGGAAAAGAGGCAAAGUUUUGGCGUCCAAGAAAUCCUCUCGAACUGCCUCCCAAGGCCUCCUCGCUCUCGCCCAAUCCCCCACCAAACUCGCUCUCAUCGAGCUCAACUGCGAGACCGACUUCGUUGCCCGAAACGACAUCUUUCAGCACCUCGCUUUGCGUUUAGCCAACCAAGCUUUGUCUCUGUCGCUCGAUUCUUCUUCUUCUUCUUCUUCUUCCUUUCAUCUUGGACCUCAAUCCCUUCAGGACAUGCCAUUCAAUCUCGACCAUCCUAAGUUCAACGGCCAAACAACUGUUCACAACGCAAUCACUGAGCUCGCCGCCAUGAUGGGGGAGAAUGUCAGGCUUCGAAGAGGUUACGUCAUUCCUGCAUCACCCAAUGGCUUCAUUUCUACAUAUCUUCAUACCAGCCCCCAACCAGGUUUGGGUCGCAUUGCUGGAAUUUUGUCUCUUCAAGUGGACGAUGGUCAAACUCAACUCCAAGCUCUUCAACGUGUUGGAUCCGAAUUGGCUAUGCAUGUAGUCGCAGCAAAGCCAUUGUUUUUAACUAAGGAACUUGUACCUUCAGAUGCCUUAGAAAAUGAGCGCGAAAUUCUUAAAUCUCAGGCAGAAGCCUCUGGUAAGCCUAAGAUGGCCAUAGAGAAAAUGGUUGAAGGACGUCUCCGCAAGUAUUUUGAGGAUGUUGUAUUUAUGGACCAAAAGUUUAUUAUGAAUGAUACUAUGAAUGUGAAGGCAGUGCUGGAUAAUCUAUCCAAGGAGGUGGGUUCAUCUGUGAGGGUUGUUGAUUUUCUCAGAAUGGAAGUUGGGGAAGGAAUUGCAAGGCAAGAAACAGAUACAUCUGAGACUGUUGCUCAGGUUGCCUGAGUUUAAGGUGAUUCUGUGUAUUCAGGGAGGAAACCCUGAGAGCUCAGCUUUUGUUUUUAAGGCUUUUGCUCUCUAGCUGAUAUUUAAACAUGUAUGUUCAGUUAUUCAUCCGUGGAAGAUGAGGUACAGGUUCAGUUGAAAAUUUGGCUAUGGAGUUCUAGCUGAUCCCUGUUCGACUGUAUUAGUUUGUUCUGGCGCACUCGCCUGAUAGUUGAACCACAUAGGCUUCACAUUCAAAUUACUAAAGUUUUGUUUUAUAUCUUUUGUGAGUUCACAAAGUUUCUCAAUUUAAUUUUACAAAGCUGACAAAUAAGUUGAUACUUUGGAAUUAUCGAAACAAUUGUCGAAUAGAAGACAUAACCUUGUUUGUGUUUGCUUGAUGGUA